CCUCAGUCCGAUUUAAAUUGCUACACGUGACAACAAUACCUCGCUUCGGCGCUAAUUAGACGCUGCCCCACCAAAAAUGUCUUCGGCUUCAACAUCGCCAAUUUCGUUUUCCACGCUUUCCAACGUUGGACGACUCUCCACCACACAUUACUUCAGCUAUAACUGGUACUUGUCGCAGCUUGGCAUCUCCGCCAAUCGAGCACCUCAUCAUCUGCCAAUUACGAGACAAGACUGUGAUAUCCUCUACGAGUUGGCGGUCCCGCAAACGAAGUUCAAAAUGUUAUUGUCAAGAUAAGCUGCAAUGAUGGUAUGGAACAGGAAGAGGCGCGAGCUUGUAGGUCGAUGCAAGCGAGGAUGAGAAGGGGAAAGCCUAUAAUCAGGCGAAGAAUCGAGAGUCAAGUUAAAGCAAUACCUCGUCAACUCUCGCCAUGCAGCUCAAGUCUUUCAGGAGUGCCCAGCGACAGCAUGCACUCACAUAUACCAUACCUCUAGCGGCGUACCUUUUCGUAUAAUCUACGCUAGAGGGACGCCGAAGCCUCAGUCGAAGGUUCGACUCCGCUCUCACAAGGUGCCCUGGCCGUCUUCUAAGGACAGGCAGAUUAUGCACCAUAUACAAUGCGUCAAUGCCGACACAGCCUACUCGAUCAGCUAUAAGUGAUACCUCUGUACGGAUGGAAUGGGAAGCUAGGAGGUAUGAUCAUUCAGCGACAAGGAAGCCUGUGAGACCUGUCCAACAACGUCCAUUUACUCAUGGAAUGGAAACAAGAUUCAACAUGCUCGCAAGACUUCGGCGAUCGCAGAACAAUGAUGCGUGAGCUUCAGCACGCUUCAGAGAAACGCCGCUUCUUCCUGGAUACCGUCAGUCGCUACCCGCAAUGGCUCACGGGCAUUGCACGCAUCAGUCAUGGUCAUCGUCAAGUCUGAGAGCGUUUGAUGCAAGGAGCGCCGCAUGCUGUCACCAGCAAGGGGAUUCCUGAUCGGGAGACCGACGGUGCAGGCCUCCGUCUGACCGAUCUCCAAGGAAUCAAGGCCUCCGAGCUUAAGGUAUCCCAUGAAGGGUUCAUGCAACUCUGUUAGUGGGGUGGAUCCUGGAGUUUGUCGCAGCUGCGCCAUCGAACCCUCCGUUCAAGUAUAAGAGGGCAGCACUCCCCCCUCCAAACUACUUCCCUCCCAGCUUCCUUUUCAUUUUUUCCAAACAUCCUUACCACUUCAUGUCAUUGCGAAGAUGGCAUCUGCAGAAUCCGACUCGGUGAGAUGCUACGACGAUGGACGCGCACUUCAUGCCAACAUUGGUUUGAAAAGGACUCAGAAGAUAUGUGACAAUUUGACCGCGGCCUCCAAGUCAAGGAAGAGGCGGGCAUGCCCUCAGGAGGGUUCUCGAGGUAGGAGGUCCAGAUGCAGUAUCAUGAAGCCUUGCUGAUCGUGAAAUAGACCGGCCAAUUGUAAUUGACGAUGAUGUGGAUUUGCCAAAACGGACGGCUUCCACUCAGGGACCAAUCAACGAGAAGCACCGAAUCAGAAAGAGAGCCCGAAAAAUGAGAGGAUCGCUUCAGACCAUCCGCGAACCCGUGGAUGACUUUAGCCGAUUGAGGGAGCUCGUGCGAUCGAGUGAAAAGAUUGUCGUCAUUAGCGGGGCCGGCAUCUCUGUCAGUGCAGGUUGUGAGUUGAAGCUUGUUUGUAAAUCCCUUUAUCGAUAUUGAUUUACCUAGUUCCCACCUUUGAGGAUAUGCGGAAAUCCAAACAGACCUCGUUCGACCGCUCUCUCUACUCCUCUUCCGACGAGAUGACCAGCUUCCACUCCACAGUCCGUGAUAUGUGUGAACGCCUACACUCGGAUUCAACCGAGCCUUCGCCUUUCCACAAGGUUAUGGACGAGCUUGCGCGGACUCGCCCUCAUUUUCGGCACUAUACACAGAACAUUGAUUGCGUCGAGCGCCUGUUACCUGAUCUCGACGCCAAGACGAUACGCCUCCAUGGUCGAAUUGAUCAAGCCCGAUGCGGGAUAUGCAACUGGGUGUGUGAGUAUAAGCCACAUCUGUUCCAAGGUUCCGAUUCGCUAUAUUGUCAAAGGUGCUUGCAAAGAAGCCAGGCCCGGAUAUUGAAGGGCAAGCGUUCAUUGAAAAUUGGCAGGCUGAGACCCAACGUUCUUCUAUACGGCGAGCCUCACCCAGAUGACAAAGAGAUUCUGGAAACUGCUAAGCAUGAUUUGAGAAUAUGCCCGGAGCUGGUGCUGAUCGUUGGCACGAAGCUAGGGAUUCCUGGGGCUCGGUCAAUCGCCGCAAACUUUUGCCACGCCGCUCGGAGCGUGGGUGGGGCAAGUUUUUGGAUCAGCAAGGAGGAGCCAGUGUCGAGUGUGAAAGCCUUGUGUGAUUAUGUCCUUAUUGGAGAUUGCGACAAGGUUGUUCCCCUAGAUAUUUUCAAUUAACUCGCAAGCCAUUCUCAACUUCACAGUCUUAUGUACGCGCGAAGGGAAGAUACAGCAGCUAUCCAAUUUACGUCUUCGAACUAAGGGGGAGGUUUUCCGCAGGUUAGC